UACGUUUCGUCAGUUUAGAAUGAGCCACCGUGCUGGACGGAUCGUUCGAUAGACUGCGUGCGCCACAACGAACGAAACCACGCGAAAAAGGGCAUUUAUCCGGACAGACUCCCAGAGAAGAGCCGAAAAGGUUGAAACAAACAGUACUCGUUACCACGCCAGCAUGCAGCUCAAGUGGACGUCCGUGUGGGGCUUCGUGCGCCGCAACCUGCUAACGACGCUUACGAUCCUCGGCGUGAUCGUAGGCAUUGCGCUGGGGCUGGGGCUCCGUGCCGUACCUGCCGAGGGUGACAGUUGGUCGCAGCGGGACGUUACCUACAUCAACUACGUUGGCGAUCUGUUCCUGCGCACGCUGAAAGCGCUCAUUCUACCGCUGAUUGUGUCCUCCCUGAUCGCAGCCGUCGGUUCGCUCGAUCUAUCCCUCUCGAAGAAGAUCGGUGGCCGGGCGGUACUGUACUAUCUCGCCACGACCGUACUGGCCGUCAUCCUGGGCAUCGUGCUGGUUGUUACGAUCAAGCCCGGCUCGGACCGGGACGGCGGUGAGGCCGACGCAAGCGAUGCCCCGCAACGUAACGUCACCACCGUCGACACGCUGCUCGAUCUGGUGCGCAACAUGUUCCCGCCCAACCUGGUGCAGGCGUGCACGCAGCAGUACCAAACCGUGCUGAAGCCGCCGGCCUCCAAACCGGACGAGACCGACAUCUACCGGUGGACGAUAACGGGCGCGUACGCGGACGGCAUGAACAUACUCGGGCUGGUCGUCGCGUCGAUCGUGUUCGGGGUGGCGCUCGGCGCAACGAAGCGUGAGAACGCGCUGGUGCUCCAAUUUUUCCAGCAGCUGUCCCACAUCGUGAUGAAGGUCACCGGAUGGGUGAUAUGGCUGUCACCGGUCGGUGUGACGUUUCUGAUCGCCGCCAAGAUACUGGAGAUCGAAGAUCUGGGCGACGUGUUCGGCAAGCUGGGCCUGUACUUCGCAGUCGUCGCCGGCGGUAUCCUGUUCCACGGGUUCGUCGUACUGUCGCUGCUGUUCUUCCUGUUCACGCGCAACAAUCCGCUCAAGUUUAUCGCCAACAUGGGACAGGCGCUUGCGACCGCGUUCGGUACAUCGUCCAGCUCGGCCACGCUGCCCGUCACGAUGCAGUGCCUGGAGGAGAAGAACAACAUCGAUCCGCGGGUGUCACGGUUUGUGCUACCGAUCGGUGCUACGAUCAACAUGGAUGGUACGGCGCUGUACGAAGCGGUGGCUGCCAUCUUCAUCGCUCAACUGCGAGGACUUUCGCUUUCAUUCGGUAACGUGCUAGCGAUUAGUAUAACGGCUACGGCUGCCAGUAUUGGUGCGGCCGGUAUACCCCAGGCGGGUUUGGUAACGCUCGUGAUGGUGCUGGACACGGUUGGACUUCCAGCAGAAGACGUUUCUCUCAUCAUUGCCGUCGACUGGCUGCUCGAUCGAUUCCGAACUCUGGUGAACGUGCUUGGCGAUAGCUUCGGGGCUGCGAUCGUCUACCACUACAGCAAGGCCGAGCUGCAGAACACGAAAAGCCUGGAUGGAGGGCUGUCCGGUGCGACACAUCUCUCGCAGGACUCAAGCGAUCCCGAGCUGGCAUACCACACCGACACGAUACUGGCAAACGACGAUAAGAACAGCCGAUUGUAGAUUGAGCUACAAGAUCCGGGUGAUAUCAAGAAGACCCGCCUGAUUGGUGCUAUUUUAUGACUCCUACUCGCUACUUAAUGGCGCACUUUUCUGCGGAUCAAUCGCGUUUGCGCAUUUUAUGAAGGAAGUGGCGGCUGUCGCGAAAUUGGCCAUCAUGCUCGGCAAACGUACCGCGACCUUUUAUCUGAUCGAAAUCCGUUAUUACCCAAGUUGACUGAGUCGACGCAGCUCCACAGACACGCAUUACGGUUUAUUUGUUGUUUUUAAAACUCAAUUUUUAUACAAAAACGCAUUUAGCAGAUAAGAUAGAAGCGGUAAGACAAAUAAUAGGCUACAAACCGUGUAUCGUAGAGGAACAGCUAGGCUAGGUGAAUUGGUAUCGUGUGGCGUGUUUUAUCGCAAACAAUCACGAGUUGUAAAAGCUUGUGUUUUUUUACCCUAUGGUAUGAAGUAAAUUUCUAUUAGUGGCUAUAUACGACCCCAGGGCAGGGAUUAGCGACUCCCGCGAGCUCCAUAAACGACGCUUCUCUCCCUCACAAAUAGUCCUCCGAUAAGAUAGAUAGAUAGAUAGCUAAGGGAGUUCCGUUUUGGUGACUAUCGGGUUUUGUAAACGGUUUUGAAGUGUUUGUACUCUCCCAUCCCCCAUCCAUAAAACUCGAUGACUGAAAUACAACUUUGAAUUAUGAA